CUGUCUAGUCCAGGGCGGGGACUGGCUUUUUGCCUGCAGAUUUUUUGCACAAAAAAUUCCCCAGGCUCCUCCUCACUUUUUACAAAAGAUUACCUACCUCACUUCACCUCUACCUCUACCUCCUCCCUACCUACCCAACAUCACCCCGUCCACUCCGAGACUGUGGUCCUGUUCAUUCCCCUGCAAGAAGAAGCCUCUUUCUUGUCCAGAGGGAGAGGUGCCGUCGACAUCAGAAGCAGCAGCAGCAGCAGCAGCAGCAGCAGCAGCAGCAGCAGCAGCAGCAGCGGACAGCAUUCCUCGGGAUUUGCUUGCAGCCAGCAUUUUUUUUUUCUCCUUCGGUCGUAGCAGCUGCACCACCAGCUUGCUCGUGCCCGCCCCGUCCGCCCGUCCGAGGUCUCACUCAGCCUGGCCUAGCACCCACCAAUUUUGCCUGCCUGCCUGACCUACCUUGAGAUUUCGUUUCGUGCGUUUACUAUCGGCUCGUCUCAACACCCGAGCAAACGGCGCCUGCUCUCUCAGACGCUUCUUGUCCGUGUCGUCUACCCCAUCGGUUAUCGAUCGCCCACCUUGAAAUUCUCUGUCCUGCCCCAGGGCUUCCGCGACCCCCGCGCCACACGACAUCAAACAGAACCUAGAGUGGUAUUCGGUACACCUUGUUCACUCCCAGCCUGCGUCCUCCAGCUGCCUCGUUCCUCCUUGGAGCUUACCUCACGACCAGACCCAGCCUGUUGUUCCGCAGUCUCCUGGGGCGACCCAGGCACACCACGCAUUUCGAGAUACCUGCCCACUCGCCAGCACAACCCAGAAGCCACAGCACUCUCCCGCUUGCUUCCUCCCCUGUUUCGCGGCCAAGGCUAUACUCUGAGCUCCUUGAAUCCGCGCAAACCCCCCGUGUUGUGUUCCUCGCUUGAGGCGCGCCUGCGUGCGUGGGAUACAUUAACCCUACCACUACACACCACAGGCUGGGCUGCAACUGCGAAAUUGCUGUUGCAGGCCAACCACCCCAAGUGCCUACCGUGAGUCAAUUCACACCACGCAAGCACUACGCAUCGGACACCAUGUCGGCCGCUGCCACCUUUUCCUACGCGCAAGCCGCCAAGGGCCGCAAUGCCGCCCAGCCCGAUCCUCAGUCCGCAGCGAGCCCUGCUCCGGUCGAUCCAGCAAAGGACGACAACAGCUCGGUGACCACAGCUGCAGAUGCCUCGGCAAAGACAUUCUCGACCACUUCUGAGGUGUCCGAGUCGGUCAAAAGCUCCGAGGUUGAUCUCGAGUCUGUUGCCUCGAAAGCCCACUCAGAGCUCGCCAAUACUGGCGAUUCCGACGGCUCGGCCACCUCCGCCAAGUCCGAAUCCACCGUCGUGCCUCGCCCAGACGACGCGUCCAAGAAUGGUGCGCAAAGCACGACAAGCGAGAAGACCUCCCGUCAAUCAAAUCGUACCAGCGAGUCCUCGGACAGGAAAGGCCGCAAGGGUAAGAAGGGCAAGACUUCAGACAAGGACGCCGAGGGCGAACCAGCUCAACAGGAGCAGGAGAAAGAGGUCAUCCCUGUGAAGCUUUUCGAAGCUCCACCCCCGACCGUCAACGUGUGGCAACAGCGGGCCGCUGCCGCGAAGGCAAGGCAGCCCAGCGUGACUCCUGCACCAGCUGGCACCGACGCGGCGACCAAGGCCGUGUCUCAGGGCUCAGACAAGAGCACCAGCGGUGCCGAGAAUGCCGACGCCAAAGACUCCUCCGAGUCGACCCGACCUGGCAAGCCCGUCGACGGAUCACGCCAAGCCAGCGAGCAGGGCCCCCGAAGGAAUCCGAGAGGCAGCAGGGCGAGUGAGCAGGGCACGAACGGCAAUGUUCCCCCAGUGCAGGACGCGUCUCUUUGGCCAACACCGGAGACCGCGGCCGCUGAAGACAACAAGCGCAAGCUUUCUGAGUCGGACGCACCCUCAAAAGACAAGCAGGAUGAGGGGUCACUGACCAAGACGACCCGGCCGAAGUACUCCACGAAGUUGGACAUCACCCCCACCGUCAAGUGGGAAACCCAGCUACAGACACGCCCCGCGGGCAAGGCCCGGGGUGGAGGGCAGUCUGGGCGGAACUCUGUUGGCCGAGGCGGCCACUCUUCAAACCCCAGCGUUUCUGGGGACAAGUUGCAAGGCGGGUCGGAGGCGCAAGGACCAGCUGCCACCAGUGAUUCUCAAGGGAAGUCCAGGGAGGACGCUCCGCCGCGAACGAACCCGCUGCCUUUCGAGAAGAAGAGGUUCCCCGCAGACACGCGGGACAUCCGCAAGGCACCAGCUGCGGCUGAGCGUCGUGCCGGCGCCCCCGGCGAGUCUCAUUCCGCGUCCAAGAGCGAAGCAACGAAGGGAUCUAAGGGUGAAUUCGCGCAGGGCCUCGGCGGACAGCAGAGCGGCUCUCGAGGCGAGGGCGCUGAGCCUGGUAGAAAGGAGGGGGGCUUCGCCGGACACAAGGAUGCGAGACCUAGGAGGGGCGCACACGGCAACGGACGCGGCGGGCAUAAUGGAAGUCAGUCAUACUCGCAGUCAUACCAGGGCAACGGACAUGGUCCCAGGUCAAACGCGUUCAAUCAGCCCCCCUUCGCCAAUGGAGUUUCUUACGGAGGCCCGGGAUCAGGCAGAGGUGGUCGUGGUCGUCCUACGUCGUUCGGUACUUUUAAGGGCCCAUCGAACGGCGCAGGCAAGAUGGCCAUGCAGCCUCUCAACACUGACUUCAGCCCUUUCUCUCCCUAUGGCCAAGCUCCCCAUUCCGCUUUCCCCGCCUUCCCAGUAUCGGAACACCACCUGUUGCAGCACGCUGCACUGAAACAGCAGAUCGAGUACUACUUCUCUGAUCUCAACCUGCCUAAGGAUCUGUUCCUGAGAGAGAACAUGGAUGCGCAGGGAUUCGUGCCUCUGAACGUCAUUGCUGAGUUCAGCCGAGUCAAGAGGAUAUCUCAACAGAACCUGCAGUCUGUGCGAGAAGCCUGCUCAGACUCGGAGGAAAUCGAGUUUGUGCUGGGUGACGGCACGACAGAGCUCUUGCGGCGGCGGGAAGGCUGGGAGAAGUAUGUCCUCCCAGAAGCCAACAGGAAGGAGCACGCCCGCAAUACUGGCCCAACCAGUUUCGAAACCAAGUCAAGGCACAACAUGCACAUGAGCGCCCCCGGCUAUCACCAGCCUUUUUUCCCCGCAAUGUCACCAGCGUUUGGAGCACCGUUUCCUGGAGAUAUGUACCCUGGAUACAUGAACGGACCAGGAUACAGCAACCAGGGACUCAACGGUGGGCCGGUCAACGGUCACCGCGCCGAUGAUUCCCAGCUGAAUGCUGCUGUGCCCGAAUUCGCUCCCGGGAACGACGCCAUGUUCAAUGGCUUCGAUGGCCACGCGCUGCAAGCACAGGGCCCUUGGGUAGAGACCGCCCUGAAGGAUGCCGAGAAAUUCUCAGACGAAGAGGUUUCGAAGCUGCAUGUUGUCCUGCCGGGACAGUCUAAGAAAUCCCAGGAGGCUGGAAAGCUACCCAACGGAAGCACUCAGGACAGUGCCGAGGACUCUAAUGGCAUUGAAACCAAUGGCGUUCAUGCCAGCUCAGACGCGUUGAAUACUCCUGAGCUGGGCCCAGUCGCCGAUGAAGCUGCCUCCAGCUCUCCUGCGUACUACCGCUUUGAUGGUCAACUGGCACAGGCCUCCGGUGAUAAGAUCACUGAGAAGUAUGUGGAUGUCCGAGCGAGGGCUUUGAAGCUGCGUCAGUCUGCAGCUUCAGGAGACGUCCCGAACGAUAUGAGGCGGCUAUACAAGUUCUGGGCGCCCUUCUUGGUGUCAAACUUCAACCCUGGCAUGUACAAAGACUUCCGCCAGCUCGCCCUCGAAGACGCGACGUCAGCGAAACCAAGCAAAAUUGGCCUCGGCUAUUUGCUCCAGUUCUACACCAGCGUGCUAUUUGCCGAGAAGCCUAUUUGGUCCCGUGAUCACCCCAUAUACAGGGUGCUUACGUCGGACUUCGAAAGCUCCCAGACAAUGAUCGGAUCAGGAGAGCCUCAGGUGUAAGACAGGCUUGCAGGAUUGUGCAUUCGGCAACGUCUGGUUGGCUGCGGUACUUGACAUUGUAUCAUGCCUGUGAGAAGGCGCAAGAACGGAAGCAAUCUAUCUGAUUCCGCCGGGGCCAUACGACGCUGGAUUUGGUUCGAGGCCUGCACGAGAACAUCCUGGUUCUGCGGGUCUUUCCUGCUUCGGCAACGGAGCCUUCACGCAGGAGCCUUGAGACUUGACGCAUUUACCGAUCACCAUCUAUCAUCUCUGUCCAUGGAGGCUUGGGUUGAUGAAGCCAAAAGAAAAAAGAAAGAAAAAAGAUCAGCACAGGACAGCGUUUUGAAUCAUGAUACCCGUUGGCGAAGCCCCCUACAAUCUGGAGGCAUGUCUGAUACGAAGAAGCGCACUCUGAAGGCUUCCUAACGUGGACAACUACAGCGAUGGUGGCCGUAAUAUCACUCGGUCUCACGGCUUCUGGACUGGCAACAUUAGCACGAUGAUAUUUGCAAGAGAGUAUGUAUGACAACAUUCUUGGUCCACAAUGAGGACAGUCACGAUUUUCAGUCGGGCAUGAGUUUUUCCCUCCCCCCGGCCCCCCCAAAAACGAAACAGAAAAGGAGGAUGGUCAUAGGCGUGUGACACACGACAAACCUUGGCCAACCAGCUAGCAUCCCAUUCAUGCAUUCCGGUCUCCCGGUGGAGGCUGUGGAGUCUUGAAAACCAUCCAUUCCCGCAUCAACCUUUUUUUUUUACGCGAGAAGAUAAUUCAUGGACAAGCACAUUUCGGGCAAGAGAGGAGUUGUCGCAUGCAAGGAGACAAAAGUUGCACCGGGGAAAGCUUCCUGCUGUGUCUUCUACCUCUGCCACUUUGAAUGUCCAGUGGCAGGAGGACGACACGUGGUGAACCAAACAGGCCAGCAAGAUGCAAAUCACACAGUCCAUUUGAUAUGGUCUGGAAUUGGAGGAAGGUCAUUUCGAAUCCUCUUAGUGCAAGGAAACGGGGUUGGCCCAAGGGAUGGAUGGACAGGCCUGGGCUUUUGUGUUUUUUAAACGACGACGGGGUUUGUCAAAAAAGCUCUGGCCGUCUUUGCGCUUCUCUUUCAUUGUUCUUCAGGUGUUCGGUAUGGAAAGACAAAAAAAGAUUUAUUACCCUUAUGCUUUUUGCUUGCGUGGCCGAUAAGUAUGGCUGUAUGAAUAGGGAUCAUGGGGAGGGGGAGGGCAAAAUAUCACAUGGGAGCAAGAGGACAAGCGGGCAGAAUGAGGCGGCUCCUCCUUUCAAGGUCAAUCUUGAGCGACGUUGAUGAUGUAAAUAAGUUAGUUCUUGAAUGUUGAGGGCAAAAGCGACCUGAUUUUCUUCGUGGGAUCGAGCCCUGGCUGGCAUUGGUCCUUGGCGCUCUUCAGUGCGUGGCUGGCGGCACAUGAUUUUCUGGCUCUACCGGAUGUGAUUGGCUGGCAGGUGAAAAGCAAAGAAAUAGCAAACAAGACACUACUCAAGAAUUGGUAUCCGAGGUUCCCCGGUGCUUGGAAAGUGAAGCGGUGGUGAGCAGAGUCUGGGGGUGGGAGAGAGCGGCUGGAUGGUUCAGUGAACCGAGGAGCCAGGGGAGCUACUCCGUACAUAGGAGGGGCACAACACUACGUCACCCGUGGGGCAUGGUUGGGUUGGGCAGUGGCUGGGCUGGCACGCAAAGGGCGAUAGCGAGUACACCCAGACAGCCAGACCGUGACAGCAGCGGCCGUUCUGCCGUUCCGCGGUCAGCCCGAUGCCCUGCGCCACUGGAGGGCCUGCUGCUUGUCUUACCCGCCCAACGUUUCGAUUCAGGUGUCAGGCCGGGCCGGGUAGGGCAACGAGCCUCGUAAGCGCGGACUGUGCAAGAGAGGAGGCCUCUGCUCCUCUUGUCCCGUCGUUGUCGUCCCUGUGCGACGAGGCCAUGCUCUGCUCGGGGUGGUCUGAGGGCGGGGACGGGCAGAUAGGCCGCCCGUGUGCCAUACAAACCCUCGUUGUUGUUGGCCAUGUUGUGCCUGUGGUGCUGCUGGUGCUGUGCCACAAACGGGCAUUGGACAGGCCGACAGGCCGACAGGGAGUGGAAGGUGGAAGAACAAGUCAG